CAUUUUCAAUUUUAUCCGAAAUUUCACACAUAAACCCUCCUGGCAACAAGGCUGCCCCCUGAUGCAGAGACUUUCACAGAGAAGCCUUCUCGCACUUGCUCAUCAAAAUGGCACCAAGAUCUCUUCAAAACUGAACUCUUUUUCAACCCAAGUUGAAACCCACAACAACACUUCUGUAGCUAGAGAAAUCUCCAGCUUUCUUAAGCAAGAAACCCAAGUGGCUGCUCAAGAAAUUUCAAGAAUUCUCAGACAGUCUAAUUGGUCUUCAGUGUUAGAGGCCUCUUUCGAUAUUCGAAACAAGCUGAGCCCUCAAGUUGUGUGGACAAUUAUUGAUCAGUACAAUCAGGUUAAUGAUAUCAAACGUUUGAAUUAUUUUUUUCAUUGGUCAAUAAUUAGGAUUGCUGAGCCUCAGUUGUUGGAUUCUUUCUCCUUUUUAGCUGUUAAUUUGUGCAAUGCUGGUCUUUUUGGCCCGGCUUUCGGGGUUUUGGAAUUGAUGAUAAAAAUCGAAACUUUAUCUGCUUGUGUGGUUUUUGAGAAUGUGUAUAAGAUGUUUGUUAGGAUUAAAGGGUGUGAUGUUUUAGUGUUUGAUAUAUUGAUUGAUUGUUAUAAGAAGACGGGGAGGUUAGGGGAUGCUUGCGUCGUGUUUAUGGAAGUUAGGGGUAUGGGGAGUGUGCCUAGUUUGAGAUGUUGUAAUGAUCUGUCAAAGAAUUUGUUAAAGAAGAAUAAGAUGAGAUUGUUUUGGAAGGUGUAUAAUGAAAUGGUGGAGGCUAAGAUAGAUUUUGAUGUUUAUACGUACACUAAUUUGGUAAGCGCGCUUUGUAAAGUUGGAGAUUAUAAAGGAGCUAGAGAAGUACUUUUACGAAUGGGUGAGAAGGGGUGUGAUCCUAAUACAUUUAUUUAUAAUACGGUGAUUGAAGGUAUGUGCCGGCUUGGAGCUAUAAAUGAAGCUAUUGAGCUGAAAUUGGUCAUGCGUGAAAAAGGACUAGUGCCAAAUGGUUUUACUUAUGUUAAGCUAAUCAAUCAGUUGUGCAGAGAGAAUAAAUUAGAUGAGGCUAAACUUAUGUCUGAAGAGAUGUUAAAAAUGGGUCUAAAGCCUGAUUCCUUCUGUCAUAAUAUAGCUGAUGGGUUUCUUCACAGUGCUUGUCCAAAAGAGGUCUGGAGAGAGAAUGAUGAGAAAAGACUGUAUGACAUCAACAAGCAUCAUGCUCAUGUAAUGCUUCUUGUUGGUGUAUGUAAGGCUGGUGAUAUGACGAAAGCAACCGAGAUUUACAAAGAAAUGAUUUCAAUUGGCUUCAAUCUAAAUCCUGAAACUUACUGUUUACUGAUUAAAGGGUACUGCAAGGAACAUAAUGUCGCCAAGGCCUUAGAGCUACUUGAUCAUAUGACUGAGAAAAACCUUAUUCCCUCACCUGUGGCUUACAAUGCCGUCAUCAAUGAGUUAUGCCUCUGCAAGAAUUAUCAUGGAGUCCAUGCCCUUGUGGGAAAAAUGAUAUCAAGUGGGUUAAUGCUAGAUGCUGUUACCUAUAAAGCUCUUAUUGCUGUGUAUGCAGCAGAAGAUAGGACACUGGAUUCGAGAAGGGCAUUAGAGGAAAUGAUGAAGAACGGAUUUCUUCCUGACAGCUUUUCUUACAAUCACGUAAUAAACUGUUUUUGCAAGGCUGGAAAGAUGGCAGAAGCGAGCCCGUACGUGUUUGAAAUGGUAGAGAAGGGACUAACCCCGAAUGCUGUAACUUUUGGGGCAUUUAUCUGCGGAUAUGGCAAGGCCGGGAACAUGUCAGAGGCAGACAGAUUUUUUCAAUAUAUGCUUGAUCAUGGCAUACUGCCAAACAAUGCAACCUGCACUGUACUGAUCACGGGGCAUUUUAAGGCAGGAAACUUGAUGGAAGCCUAUUCUACAUUUAAAACCAUAAUUGGACUGCAGGUCCUCCCUGAUAUACAAACUUGCACUACCUUCAUCAAUGGUCUCUUAACAAACGGGAGACUUAAAGAGGCCAUUGGCAUCUGGAAUGAACUGAAAGGGAUGGGGUUUUCUCCUGAUAUGUUCACUUACAGCUCUAUCAUAACAGGGUUUUGCAGACAAGGUAAAGUAAAUGAAGCUUUUAAAUAUCUUGAUGAAAUGUACUCUGAAGGUGUUGAACCUAACCAUUUUAUCUAUAAUUCGUUAAUUGAUGGGUUAUGCAAGUGCGGUCAAGUUACAAGAGCCAGAAAGUUAUUUGAUAGUAUAUCUGAGAAAGGUCUAGCACCAGAUAAUGUAAUCUAUUCCACCAUGAUAGAUGGGUACUGCAAGUCACAAUAUCUGUCCGAGGCUUUUUUGUUGUUUGAUGAAAUGCCAUCAAAGGGAAUUCAACCAGAUAGUUUUGUGUACAAUGCAGUUAUUGGUGGAUGUUGCAGGAAUCAUAAAUUUGACAAGGCCAUGGACGUGUUAAACAAAAUGAAGCAGAUGGGUUUUGCCAAUAAAUUUUCUUUUAACAUUUUGAUAGACGCAUUUAACAAGUUAGGCAAGUUGGAUGAGGCCAUUAAAUUGGUGCAAGAAAUGUUAAGUAUGCAGAUUGUGCCUGAUCGUGUGACGUACUCAACUUUGAUUGAUGGGCACUGCAGGGCGAGAAAGAUAGAGGUUGCAUAUCAGCUCUUCCUGCAGAUGGAGAAAAAGAAUAUGCAACCCGACAUUGUAGCAUACACAUCACUUAUGCAUGGUUACAACAAAUUGGGAUAUACUUCUGAGGUAUUUUCAAUGUUUAAGAAAUUGGUGGCAUGCAGAAUAGAGCCAGAUGAAGUCACUUACAACGUACUACUUGAUGCGUACUGUAAGGAUUUUAACUUUGUUGAGGCUUCUAGGUUGCACAAGAAGAUGUUAAGAUAUGGUAUGCGAAUAAAUGCAAAUGUUUAUGCCUCACUAUUGCGAAUUUUAUGCAGAAUGGACAACUUUUCUGAUGCUCUGCUAUUGCUCGAUGAGAUGAAAGGUCAAAAGCUUUCACUAAAUGUUACUAAUUGCAGCACUAUAAUUCAUAAAUUGUAUCUAGAGAGUAAAAAGGAUGAAGCUACAAGAUUUUUGGAGAAAAUGAUCAGUUUGAAGUGGUUACCCAAAAAAACAAGCAUAAGUCACCUAAUGGAGCGACUUACUAAAGAAUCGAACUGUGAUGAUGAUAACAGUUCUAUAAAACAAAUAGCAUAGAGAUCUCAUACAUAGAUUGGGUUUAUAAAGUGGCUGGACUUUUAAACCAUUUGGCAGUAGUAAACCCAAAGUGAGUUUAGAUUCUCCCUAUAUAUGUUAUGUGCACUAAUUAUUAUUCCUGUGUAUGCUUUUAUAUAUUGAGUAAAUAGUCAUUGAGACCUUUUGUUUUGCAUUAUACUUGUUUUGUAAUAUUUUGCAUCUACUGUUAUGGCUUCCAUCACGUGAUUGCAGUCUGAAGAAGGCUGAUAUUUUAAAAUUCUCUAAACUUGCUUACAUACAUUGCAAGAAGUUUACUACAGUUAAAUUUGUUGAGAUUUGAGAAGGGGCUUGCCAUUAGUUGUUUUUACGUUGAAAUUUUUAAUAGGUUUAGCAAUAUUAUCCCAGUGGCUAACCUCUCUUUCACAAUCAGUAUUGCUUAAGCUGCGCGGAAGAUUCUCACUGUAUUAUUUUGCUUGGAUAAACGUUUCAUUUAUUCGUGAUACAGGGGCUAAGGUACUUGUGCUGUUAAUAGAUAAAUAGGGAAUACUGAAUAUUAAUUGAAGGUGGGAAAGUCAUUUGCAGGUGAUUUUAUAGGCAAAUUUUCUGUGACAUCUGCAAAAAGCGUAUACUAUAAAUUGAGACGCAGUGUUUCAGCUUUGCUUAAAUUCUGUAUUGGUUAGUUUUUUUUCCAGUUCUGUAUUGGCUAGUUAUAUAUUUUUGGGUAUGUAUUUCUCGUUUCUGUCCCGUUCCAUUCUGCUGUCUAAUGCUUUAAUAUAUGCUAUUGCCACAUUGUUACUUGUAACCAAGAUCAUGUAUUCAUGUGCUUAUUGUAUUAGUAAUAAGAGGAAAGCUGGUCGGUUCUUCGAAGAAGAUGUUGAAGGGGUGGAAGGAGACUGCAACAUGUGGUAUGUACUUGGCAUCUAGUUCAAUUUUCACAUUGCUUUCUGUUUUUCUGAGGGCCUCUGUUUUGCACUGGUAGAAUGUCAUUAAGCCCUGCCUAGACUUAUUGUAUAAUCAUAAAAGAGUUCUUUUUUUUUUUUUUUGGGUGCUAUUCCUGUGAACUCAUGGAGUUAAAUUAUCACAUAUACUUCCUAUCAAGGUAAUCUGCAAAAGUCUGAAUAAAUUUAGAGAGAUUUGGGACUAAAAUUCUAUUAUUCCAACUGCUCACAGUACAUUUUGUUUAAAAAAAUUUAGUUACUCUUUAAUAACGGUUGGACUACUUUAUAUUAAGCCCUACAAGUUGUCAAGAUCUUUUUUAUCCCCAACUUUUUUCCCUUAUGUAGUUUUUUCCUCUUGCUAAAUAUAAUUCACUUGACGCUGUGCUAAUUGACGUUUGACUCGUCUGAGGAUGCUCUUAGCUAGUUAGCUUGACAUGGUGCUAUUCGGCUCUUAUUUUGAAAUUGUGAUUGCCCAACCCCAGAUCUGCACAUUCAUCACAAGCAAGAAAAAAUAUCUGUACCUUCGGGAUGAUUGAUGAAUAUAAUAAGAUACAACACACCUUGUGCUGCCUGCAAGUUUUUGAGGAGAAAGUGCAUGCCCGAUUGCAUCUUCGCUCCUUACUUCCCACCAGAAGAACCCUCAAAAUUCACCCAUGUCCACAAAAUCUUCGGGGCAAGCAACGUGUC